CCGCCCCGCUUGCAGACCGCGCCCCCAGGGGAGGAGCCGAGACGCGGUGGGCGUGGCCCCCAACAGGAGGCUCCUUCUGACGUCACGAUCCUUCCCAGCAUUCCCGUGCAUUCACUGCCUUAGCAACCGCGGAGUGAGACCGAGGCGCGGCCGGGUGAGAGGUCAGCGGAGAGACACCGAGCCAGGCAGCGGGCGGCGGCUCGGAGUCACCGGGAGGAGCUCAGGCUGAGAUUUCCAGGAAGACGACAAAGGCUUUUACACGGGUCCGAGCAGCUGUCGCCCUCCUCGACUUCACCAAAGAUGUCUACCAAAACCACCAGCACAAAUAACAUAGCACAAGCGCGGAGAACCGUCCAGCAACUGAAAGUGGAGGCGUCCAUAGAAAGAAUAAAGGUUUCCAAAGCAUCAGCCGAUCUCAUGCGCUACUGCGACGAACACGCCAAGAACGACCCUUUACUCAUGGGCAUUCCCACUUCGGAAAACCCCUUCAAGGAUAAAAAGCCUUGCAUCAUAUUGUAGUACCCGUAGCGAACAUCUCCGCCGUCUCUCUCCUCACUUUACAACGCCAAGCAGAUCCUUACUCAGAUGAUACAAAGGGUUUUCUGGUUUCCACGUGGAAAAAAAAAAAAAAAGUGACAUUUUUUUUUAUUUUCUUUAAUCUAUACCAAUGAUUAUUUUUUUUUCCUCGAUUUUUUUAUUUAUUUUAUUUUACUUUUUCCCCCCCUUUUUUUUAAAUUUCAUAUUCAUGGGAUUGGGGAAGUCUUUCUAUUUCUGUUGUAUUUCAUAAUUAUUAUAAUUUUUUUUUAUGUGCAGAGUCUACUCAUCUAGUCUUAGUAUUGCUAGAAGAAAUCCUAUCGAGACCAAAGUUGCCUCCAUUUUCUGCACAGACUAGGAUGCGAAUGGCAAAGUGCAACUGGCCCAUGCCCAAAUCUAUUUUCUUGUUCUAAACCAAAAAAAAUAAGAAAAAAAUUAUUUAAAAAAAAUAAGGCAUUUUCCAUGACUCAAAGGCAUUGCCAGCAUAGACCAAAUGGCCAUUUUGCAGAAUCUGUUAAACCGGGGGCACUUUGUGUCAUAGGUUGUGAAUUACUUGGGCUGCCUAUGCUUUGUGCCGGCACUGGAGGUACUUUAGGGCACCAACGACUCUUAACUCUGGUGCCACUUCAGAUUUAGAAGUUGUCCAUUCUUUGACCAUUCAGCGUUCAGUUGACCCAUUUAUAAGGUGGUGGGGGGCAGUAUUUAGGGUAAUUUUUGGGGUCCCUUGGUUGUAUUUGGCACUUUUGCCCAGUAUUGGUUAUUAGCUGGUUCUAGCGUCACGCAAAAGAAGUUGGGGGGGGCAGAGACCUCUUUGGAAAGUCCAUACAGGUGCUGAGCCAUGGGGGGCCCCAACCACAACCUGUUUGCUUUAUCUAACAAUAGUCAUGUAGAAUGAGGGACCAUUUUAUUUGGUUUGUUUGUUUUUUCACCAAAGAAAUUGCUCAAUUUGCAUUACUGUUCAUAUGCUUGCACACUUUAGUGCCCACCGUUGGGAAGGAUCUUACGCCUGGAAGCCUUGACUUGCAGAUUUGCAUUACGGACCUAUCGCAAUGCCCAGAAAUGGGCACAAUGUAAGAUUGUUGCAGCAUCCGUUACAGAUCCCUAAGGCCCAGGCCAUAACUUAAUGCCAGCAGGCCGCCACCCAGCAGGCCGCCCCGGAGCUGGACAAUCCCACCAGGCUCCAUGUGAAUGAAUAGUCUGGAAUAUUGUGCGCCAGCUCCACCAGAGUCACUACAUAGCCUGGGCCAAACAUUCGUCUAAGUCACCAGUCUUUAAUCUUGGUCCCGCCAUGGGGGUCAACGUCACCCAAGAUGUCUCCAUCCUUCUCAUACUUGAUGGUUCUUGUUUCAUCUUCAGUGUUUUUGAAGCCAAGUAUUGAAACCAUUAAGCCAAAGGACCAUUUUGCACUCUAUUCCCCUGCAGAUCGUGUUGCAUUCGUGUUUUUUCAGAACCUCGACCCCCCUCCCCCCUUCUCUGAUAACCUAAGACUCCAUAAAAUCAGCCAAGAAAUUUGUGCCGAAAAUUGCAUUUUGGCAACGUAUAUAUAUUUUUAUUUGUCUCUCCCAUAUUUCCCAAUACUGUUAUAGCUGGUGCUUCGACAUAAUGCCAUAAACUGUAGAAACUCCUUACGUAGCGACAAGACUUCAGUAUAUACUCAGUAUAUUUUUAUUAGAAUGUCUCCUUCUUUGUGUGUAUUUUUAAUUCGUGACCAAGGUGAAGUAUUUUAUUACGUAGCAAACGGCAGAAGUGUGGGAUCUUUUGUAUGGGACACUACAAUUUAACUUCUUGUUGGGGGGGGGGGGGGGGGGCUGGGUUGUUUCUAUUAAUGUGAGAAUUACUAGUACACUCCUAAUGUGCCAUAGUGAUGAGUGUUGUAUGUGUAUUCAUGGCUUCUCAGAUCGAUGAGGGUUAACGUAUUCUACAUGACGUAUUAGGCAAAUACUGGCCAUGAUGGGUGUUGUAGUCCGGCACCUGCAGCGCUCACUAUUACUCGCACUCUGUGGAUAAAGCGGUGUUACAUGUAUAAUAGACUGUAUUUUAUAAUGGCUGCCAAUGGGAUUUGUCCACCAUCAGGUAUUCUGUAUUAGCCAAGGACUUUCUUCUUACAUACAAGGCAGGGAAAGCCAUUUUGUGGACUGUUUCGUCAUUCGCGGCGGUGACAAUUGAGGCCGAUCAUGGAAGCCAUUUAUGACAUGCCCACUUUGUAUGGCCGCACCGCUUCUAUGCUAAUCCAGGGCUCUGAAUGGCUUCCAUUGGUGUGGAGAGAAGAUAUACUUGUACGAGUGGUUCUUCUGUGAUACUUAUGUAGUGUUAUGGACCAUGGAACUUUAUUAAAUAAUAUACUUUAUACCAAUUACACUGGUGUUUUAAAGGGGUACUCCGGCCCUAAGACAUCUUAUACCCUA